AGGAAGGGUGAAGGCAGGCAGCAUGCGCCGACCUCAUGGCUGCUUCCGGGAAACUCAGCACAUUCCGUCUCCCGCCGUUGCCCACCAUUCGAGAAAUCAUAAAGUUGUUCAGACUACAAGCAAUGAAGCAGCUAUCCCAGAAUUUUCUCCUGGACUCGAGGCUGACAGAUAAAAUUGUAAGGAAAGCUGGCAAUCUGACAAAUACUUACGUUUAUGAAGUGGGCCCCGGGCCAGGUGGAAUCACUAGAUCCCUUCUCAAUGCCAAUAUUGCUGAACUUCUGGUGGUGGAAAAGGACACCCGAUUUAUCCCUGGAUUACAGAUGCUUUCUGAUGCAGCACCUGGAAAACUGCGAGUUGUUCAUGGAGAUGUGUUGACAUUUAAGUUGGAAAAGGCUUUUCCAGAGAGUCUCAAAAGAAACUGGGAAGAUGAUCCUCCAAAAGUACAUGUCAUUGGGAAUCUGCCUUUUAGUGUUUCAACUCCACUGAUUGUUAAGUGGCUUGAAAACAUAUCUGUUAAAGAUGGACCUUUUGCUUAUGGCAGAACUCAGAUGACUUUGACAUUCCAAAAGGAAGUGGCUGAGAGACUUGUAGCCACCACAGGAAGCAAACAACGCAGUCGUCUUUCCAUUAUGGCCCAGUACCUCUGCAAUGUGAAACACCUCUUUACAAUUCCAGGCCAAGCUUUUGUCCCCAAACCAGAGGUGGACGUGGGAGUGGUGCACUUCACGCCCUUGAUCCAGCCCCGGAUCGAGCAGCCAUUCAAGCUGGUGGAGAAGGUCGUUCAGAAUGUGUUUCAGUUCCGAAGGAAAUACUGUCAUCGAGGGCUUGCAAUGUUAUUUCCUGAAGCUCAGCGCCUCGAGAGCACCGGAAGGCUGUUACAGCUGGCGGAUGUAGACCCUACUCUCCGGCCCACCCAGCUCUCCCUCUUGCACUUUAAGAGCCUCUGUGAUAUAUACAGAAGAAUGUGUGAUGAGGACCCUCAGCUCUUUGCUUAUAAUUUCAGAGAAGAACUCAAGCAAGGGAAAAGGAAAAAUCAGGAGAAAGAAGAUGAGCGUUACGGGCUCUAGCUGCUACUGGAGGGGCUGCAGCCUAACAAGUUGAUCUCCACAGUGUGGAGCGCUCUGUGUGUACUUGUUUGCCUCUACAGAACAAUAAUAAAAUACCAAUGGCCAG